GCUUAGGAGCUUCUUCAAUGAAAAGUAGAAUUAUGAAUGGGAAGAUAAGCUAUGUAAAUAAUACUUUAAAUGGACGGAAAGAGAUACUGAAGAAAUUAAUUACAGAUAUGCAAGAAAAGGAAAGAAAAUGGUGGAAAACUGUGGAAAAGUACAUGCAUGAAGUUAAAAUAAAUUUAAGAAAAUUAGAAGGAAUGUCCAGAACAGAAAUAAAGGACAAAGCCAGAAUAUGGGACACAGAGAGGUGGAAAGAAGAGUUGGAAAAUAAAGUGACUGUGAACAUAUAUAAAACGUGGAAAAGAGAAAUAAAAGAUGAAGAAAUUUAUGACAACUCUAUGGGUUCAGUCCUUCUCUUCAAAGCCAGAACCAACUCUCUUAAUUUAAAUAUAGCAAAAAGGCACCAGAAGGAGAACACCUGUUGUCCUUUUUGCAAUGAUGCAGUAGAAGACAUAUUUCAUUUCCUUUUAUAUUGUGAUACAUAUAUAGAGGAACGGGUUAAAGCAAUAGGGCUACAACAACCCUAUGAAGAGAAGGAAAGUGACGUAGUGGGAAAAUUUCUAUUUUCAGGUAACAACGAAAUAAGAAAAGAAACCAUAUACUUGAUGUGGAAAAAAAGAGAGAAAAAAAGGAAAGAGCUAAACAAAUAAACAAACAAAAACAAAAAAAUACCCAAGACUAAGAGGCGCCGUUGCAAAGGCAUUGCCUCGACCCAUAACUACUACUACUACGUGUUUACACGUUAUGGCAGUCAGUGUUUGCCCAAAACAUUCUUGAACUUAAGUUUAUCUUGUUCUGUUGUAUUUAAUUUUAAGUUAAAAAGAAAGAUCGUGGGAUAAAAACGAGAGCAUCUAAAUUUUUUAAGAUAAGAAAUCCAUGGAACUGGCAGUUUGACUAGCUUAGUCUUCCAGGCCUCCUCACGAGACGCAUCGAAAAUCGUGCACGUAAAUUUUGAUGGCGAGAGGUUUCAACGUUGGCGCUUUUUCAACAUGGAGAACCUGAUCGAGAAAACGCUGGGACUCUUGAAGAAUCAUGAAGAAUAUCUACGGCCUAGUGACAAACUUCAUUCAUGGUCUGAGCAGACAGGAAAAUUGUACAACUUUGUGAAAGAUGUAGAGGUGAAAUACAGUUUACCUGUGUCAGGUGAAACUCUUCCUUGCCUCAAUACAGAAGGUUUAGAUGUAGAGCAGAUAUGGCAGUUACUAGAACUUCAAAACAAGAGUCUGCUGGCUGCUCCCGAUGAUUUAGAUGUCUUGGAUGAUGUCAACCUUUGUUUUAAUGUUGCAAAAUUAAGUAGCUUAGCAAAAUAUGAUAAAUUCUUAGAAGAAAAAGCUGAAAGUAAAGAUGAAGAAAGUGUUGAUGAUGGGGUGUUUAGUGAAAGUGACUCAGAAAAUGAGAAGGCAAUGGAGGAAGGAUCAGAUUAUGCAAGUGAAGGGGAAGAAAGUCCAAAAAUAUUUGAAUCAAGUGACGAGGAGUUAUAUAAAGAUCCUUCAGAUAUUGAUGGUGGUUUGAAUUUGGUGUUUGAUGAUGACAGUGAUAAUGAAGAAGAUAAUUUUGAUGAACUUAUAGCCCCUGAAGGUAUGGAGGAUUCUGAUGAAGAUGAGCAACCCUCAAGAACAUUGAAAAAGAAUGACACAAAACUACAUGAAGACAAAAAUGAAAAUCUUGAAAAGAAGGAAAAAGCUGUGGAAGAGGAAGUGGAAAAGCAAGGAUACAAGCAUAAAAAAUUCAAAAAGACCGAAGUUGAUUCCGAGUUCUUCAGUUUAAGAGAAUGUGAGUGGGUAGCAGAUAAUGAUGCUAUUGGGGAUAAUUAUGACAUGGAUUCUGACGAUAUUGAUUUAAUGAAGGAUACAUCUGAUGGAGAAAACGAAGAUGGAGUUACGUAUGAGGCAUUUUUUGGUGGUGAGAAAGGAGAUUUCACAAAGUCAUCACAAGGAAAGGAAGAUGAAGACAGUGACAGUGAUGCAUUGAACAGUGAAGAUGGAGGCAAUGAAGGUCCCACUGGUAAUAGGAAGAAAAAAAUCUUAGAUGAUUCUUCAGAAGAAAGUGAAAAGGAAGUUACUCAAUUGCUAGGAAUGAAGAAGAAGGAGGAAAAAUCUACAUUUGAGAAAGACAGGGAAAGAGAGCUUAUGCUGAUGAGUACUUUGGAAGAGGAUAAUGUUGGUGAGAAACCAUGGUUUUUAAAAGGUGAAGCUGUUAGUGCUGAUCGUCCUGAAAACUCAACAUUAGAAGAACAGUUGGAGUAUAACAUUGUUGCUCGGCAAAGGCCAGUAAUAACAGAGGACACAACAACACUUGUUGAAAAAAUUAUUUUAAGCCGCAUCAGAUCUAAGGCUUGGAAUGAUGUAGAACGUAAAGUGAAACCCAACAUCACCCCUUUUGAAUACAAGAAAAAACUUUUACUGAAUCAAGAGAAAAGUAAAAAGAGUCUUGCAGAGAUAUAUGAGGAGGAGUAUGUUAAGCAGCAGAAGAAGAAUGAAGUAAAGGAAAAAAAGGAAGAAGAAUUGCCAGAGCACAAAGAAAUAGCUGAGAAGAUGGAUUAUUUAUUUGACUUGUUAGAUGCGCUCGCUAAUUACCAUUACACACCAAAAAUGCUUGCACCAGAUGUAAAAAUACAGAGCAACCUUCCAGCUAUUACCAUGGAGGAAGCUACACCCGUCACAGCCUCAGAAGGCACUCUUCUUGCACCUCAGGAAGUUCUUGCACCUGUCCAAGGAGAGUUGAAAGGUAAAUCUGAACUCACAGACACUGACAAAAAGCGAAGCCGACGUGCGAAGAAAGCUAUCCAGAAGAAGAAGGCCAAAAUACAAACAAAGAAAUUACAAACAAAGCUUAAAAAGAAUGCAGCUACCGGGAAGAAGCUUGAUAUGAAAACAACUAUCAAAUUUGUGGAGAAAGCUGUGAAAGCUAAGCAGGUUAAAUUGUUGGAAAGCAAAGAAAACAAGACUAUCAGAUCUUCUCAAGCUUUCUUCAAAAAAUUGCAAGAUACCAAGAAUUCAGAAGAUAAAAAGUCUCCCACCAAAAAAAAGAAAAAGGAAGGUAAAAUUUCUGCUUCCAAGGUGUUGUUGUAAAUAUGAGAAAAAAAGAUUUGAUAAUAAAAUAUUACUGUACUA